AUGGGGAACCUGUGUUGCUGCAUUCAAGGUGACUCGAAGAAGCCUUCCAAAAAGCGUGUGAAAAGGGAGCCCUACUCUACUACCAAGGUGACUUCAGGGAGCACAUUCAAUGAGAAUACAAGAAGAUAUGCUGUGCACACCAACCAGUGUCGGAGACCUCAUGGCUCCCCGGUAAAGAAGAAGAUGUACCCACAAGAAGAUGACUUCCAUCAUACAAUCUUCAGCAACCUUGAAAGAUUGGACAAGCUUCAGCCCACUCUUGAAGCCUCUGAGGAGUCUCUAGUUCACAAGGACAGAGGAGAUGGAGAGAGGCCAGUCAAUGCGAGGGUAAGUUUUGUUUCUGUAUUGCUGGUGGUGCAGGUGGCCCCUCUGAGGCGUGAAUCUACUCCCCAUGGGGACACCGUCCAUGACAUCACGAACGAGGACGCCGUCCACGGCACCGCCGAUGAGGAUGCAGCCCAGGGCUUCGCAAACAAGGACGCUGCCCAGGGCAUUGCUAACGAGGACGCCGCCCAGGGCAUCGCUAACGAGGAGGCCGUCCAUGGCAUCCCUAACGAUGACGCCGCCCAGGGCAUCACCAACUGGGAUGCUGUCCAGGACAUCGCUAAUGAAGAUGGAUUCCACGGCAUCGAUAACGAGGACGCCGUCCAGGGCAUCGCCAACGAGGACGCCGUUCAGGGCAUCGCCAACUGGGACGCCGUCCAGGGCAUCGCCAACUGGGACGCUAUCCACGGCUUCGCCAACAGGGUUGCUGUCCACGGCAUCGCUAACGAGGACGCCGUCCACGGCAUCGCUAAUGAGGACGCCCUCCAUGGCAUCGCUAAUGAGGACGCCAUCCAGGGCAUCGCCGACGAGGACGCCAUCCACGUCAUCACUGACUGGGACGCCAUCCAGGGAUCACUGACGAGGAUGCAGUCCAGCUCAUCGCUGAAGAGGACCCCGUCCGUGGCAUCAGGCAUUGCUAACGAGGACGCCGUCCAGGGCGUCGCUAACGACGAUGCCAUCCAAGGCGUCGCUAACGAAGAUGGAUUCCACAGCAUCGAUAACGAGGACGCCAUCCAGGGCAUCGCCAACUGGGACGCCGUCCACGGCUUCGCCGACAAGGUCACCUUCCACGGCAUCGCCGACGGGGACACCGCCCAGGGCAUCGGCAUCGCCAACGGGGUCGCUGCCCAGUGCAUCGCCGACUGGGAAGACGCCCAGGGCAUCGCCGACUGGUACGCCACCCAGGGCAUCGCCGACGGGGUCGCCGCCCCCGGCAUCGCCGACUGGGACGCUGCCCAGGGCAUCGCCGACAGGGGCAUCGCGGAUGGGGACGCCGCCCAGGUCAUCGCCGACUGGGACGCCAUCCACGUCUUCAACGACGGGGAUGCCGCCCAGGGCAUCGCCAAUGGGGACGCCACCAAGGGCAUGGGCAACGAGGUUGCCAUCCACGGCAUUGCUAACGAGGACGCCCUCCACGGCGUCACUAACGAGAAAAUCGAAUGUUAA